AUCAUCCACACAAGGGAACCCUAACCAAGACCCGUGGUAUCGUCUCGAAGCUCGGAGGAAGAGGAAGAUGAAGGUCCGUGCGUCGGUGAAGCGGCUGUGCAGCUUCUGCAAGGUGGUGAAGCGCCGUGGUAUCGUCUUCAUCCACUGCAAAUCCAACCUCAAGCACAAGCAGCGCCAGGGCUUCUCCACCAUCGCCGCAUGCCUGCCCCCGCCGCCGCCGCCGCCGCCCACCGGCACCUCCGCCUCCGCUGUCGCGUUUGCCGAGGCCUCCAAGGUGGCCAGGCAGGAGUCAUCAAUGAAGUUUAACUUGCCACUGGGUCUAGCUGCCUUGCUAAAGAAUGGUGAUAAGUAAUCAGCUGAUGCAUAUUAGCUUGUGGGGUAUUAAGUGGAAUUUCCAGUUGAGGAACUCUUGUAUAACUAAAAUAUCAAUUGGAUAUCAUCGUGUAUCUGAUAUCGUUAGUUAAACUGUUCGGCAGUUUGGGUGGAAUAAUACUUGGCAUACACUAUUACUUUGUUGCCUUGAAAUCUUUUAUUCAAGGAGAUCUGCUUCGGCUUAA